CAAUUAGUCUUUCAAGAUAAGCAAAUAAUGAAACCUUUCCGUGAUGAUUACAAGUACACACAACAAACCUACCCUAAAAAGGAAUAGAAAAAUAGCUAAAAGGAGAUCCACGAAAAAUCUUGCCAACAUAUAGUGUCCAGUCUUCAUACAGCUCUUCCUCCAACUAUCACAAUGCUGAUGUCUUAUUAAAAUGUUGACGUAAUUAUAAUUUAUUUUAUUAUAAUUUAUUUUAUCACUUAAAGUAUUUUAAAUAUUAUUUAUAUCUUAUAUAUUUACAUAAAAUAUUUAAAUAAAAUGAAUGAUUACGAAACUCAACGGUGUCGUCUGUUAAAAAACGGAGGGAUUACUGUUCUACUAUAACUACACAAGUGUUCAACCGGCGUCAGUUGCUCUUAACCACCAGCGAAGCCUCGUUCCUGCGCGCCCUAGCGUUUGCUCAUCUCAGGAGCUCACGACGCGCGUGCGCAUAUGGCCACCGUCUCCGGCACCGACCGCCUCCGUGACCUCCACGCCUUCGACGACACCAAGGCCGGCGUCAAGGGCCUCGUCGACGCCGGCGUCACCACCGUCCCCUACUUCUUCCGCCACCACCCCGACCCCCUCCCCGUCGCCGCGCCGUCGGAGGCCGCCUCGGCCAUCCCGCUCAUCGACCUCGCCAAGGCCGACGUCGACCGGGGACGGGUGGUCGCCGAGGUGAGGACGGCCGCCGAGACGGUCGGCUUCUUCCAGGUGGUCAACCAUGGCGUCGCCGGGGAGCUCAUGGACGAGAUGCUCGCGGCGGUGCGGCGCUUCAACGAGGAGCCCCUGGAGGCGAAGGUGCCCUACUACACCAGGGACGUCGCCAGCAAGGUCCGGUUCAACUCCAACUUCGACCUCUUCCGUUCGCCGGCGGCCAACUGGCGGGACACGAUGUUCGUCGAGAUGUUCCCGGAGGUGCCCUCGCCGGAGGAGAUCCCGCCGCCGUGCAGGGGCGUGCUGGAGGAGUACGCCGCGGCGGUGCGGCGGCUCGGGGAACGGCUGUUCGAGCUGCUGUCGGAGGCGCUGGGCCUCCCUGCGGGGUACCUCGGCCGCGACGCCGGGGGCACGGACGGGCUGAGCGUGGCGGCGCACUACUACCCGGCGUGCCCGGAGCCGGAGGCGACGAUGGGCGCGACCAAGCACUCCGACCCGACCUUCCUCACCGUGCUGCUGCAGGACGAGUCCGGCGGGCUCCAGGCGGUGCUCCCGCGGCCCCCGGAGGAGCGGUGGGUGGAUGUGCCCCCGGUGGCCGGCGCGCUGGUGGUGAACGUCGGCGACCUCCUCCAGCUGGUGUCGAACGAGAGGCUCCGGAGCGUGGAGCACCGGGUGCUGCCCACCGGCGCCGCCGGGCCGGCUCGCGUGUCGGUGGCGUGCUUCUUCCGCCUCGCGUACUCGUCGACGAGGCCGUGCGUCCCGGUCGUCGGCGGCGGCAGCGGGGCGCGGGCGGCGGCGGUGUACAGGAGCACGACGGCGGGGGAGUUCCUGGCGCACUACAACGGGAAGGGGCUCGACGGGCGGUCGGCGCUGGACCACUUCAGGAUUCCGGCGGCGGCGGCGUCUCCUCCUCCUCCACCACAGUAGCUGGCUGGAUGAAUCGAGAGCUUCACACUUGGUCGUUUCGGUGACGUUAGUCGGCGUUUGGCUGGAAGCUGGUUAGUCGUGGCUGUAGGCUGCACGACGGAUGAUGGACGUACGUUGUACGUGGCAAUUUGGCAACCAUUCAGCCGCUACGUCAAUGCUUAAUUAUUGGUUGGUUGGAAAAUACAGAAUUGCAGGUAUACAUAUGGGCCCUGUUCGGUCAAUUAUAGCUCUCCGGACUAUGGCUAUAGCUAUUUAGAACUACUCAUAAAACUCAUUUCAUAACCUUUCAUAACCUAUAGACUAAUCUAUACGAGACGAAUCUAAUGAGUCUAAUUAAUUCA